UGGGAUGAUUAAGCUCAGUCAAUACACUUUAUCAAAUCAUCUUUUCAAAUCAUUUCUGUCAUUGCUCCAGGUGUGUAGUUUUACCGUGUCCUGCCCUGUCUCUAUCGGAAAGCUGGUCCAGAUAGAGCUGGACAAGCAGUCCUUAUUUACUCCAGAAAACUGGCUUCCUAACAAGGUGGAAGUGAAAUCCCCUGAGGGAGAUCUUUACAAGUUUCCCAUCUACAGCUGGAUUACUGACAGUCAGAUGCAAAGCUUCAGAGAGGGACAAGAGCCAAAGAAGCAGCCCCUCCGCAACCCAGACAGUGGGCCCUCUUUUCCUGAAGGAAACAUCUACGGCCCUCAAAUCAAUCUUGAGAAAAGUGACAGCAAGGUGCCCGGCCUCAUAGAGGGAACAGACACUGGGUUCCCUGCCCCCGAGGGAGUAACCUUCAACGUUCCCGGCUAUCGCCAGAUUGGUGCACCCCAAGAGGAAAAAGAUAUUGGUUUACCUGCCCCCGAGGUCUACACCUUAGAUUUUAACAGCGAUCCCCAGAAUGGUACACCCCAAGAGGGAACAGAGCCAGACAAAAAGCCCUUCCAAGGCCCAGACAUUGGGUUCUCUUCCCCUGCAGGAGACACCUUCAAAUUUACCAUCUAUUGCGGAAACACUGACAGCACGGGGCCCCGCGUCAGAGAGGGAAAAGGUUUGUGGAAACUUGCUUGUCUGACAUGCU